CGAACCCAAAGGCGUUCCGCUGGCGAUGGAGCCGAGCCUGCGCGCGCUGGAGGCGGGCGUGAUCAGGAUCAACCAGGCGCUCGGCUUGGCGCUGCUCGUCCGGAACGACGAGGCCAACCUGCGCAAGGUGCGCGACGCAGCCUUCACCGCCGCGCAGGCUGGCCGGCCGUGUCGCCGCUUGGGCGCGUUGCUUGAGGCCGAGGUGGACGCGGGGGCUCACGCGUUGGCCGAGGGGGACGGCAGCGCACAGCUCGCGGACCCGUCCGCUGCCAUCGCGCUGCUGUGGCUGCGGCGCGCGCUCCACCUCACCAUCGCCCUCUGUCGCGGCGUCCUCCUCGCGGCGGACCCGCGCGCCCUCGACGAGGCCGGCGGCGACGGGGGCGCGGCGGCGGCGGCGGGCGGGGCGGCGGGCGGGGCGGCGGGGGGCGGCGGCGCGGAGACGUCUCGCCGCUCCUCCUUCAGCGGCUGGGCCGCGGAGCGGCUGUCGGUCGCGGCGGAGCGCGAGCCGGUGCGCACGUCGGCCAUCCUGCGCCAGGCGUACGGCGAGGCGCUCGAGGCCUACCACUCGUGGGUCUUGCGGCAGGCGUUUCGGUAUUGCCCGAGAGGACCCGAGAGGACCCGAGAGGACCGGAGAGGACCCGAGAUGACCCGAGAUGCGACGAGAUGGCAUGAGAUGGCAUGAGAUGACCCGAGAUUGCCCGAGACGGCCCGAGGCUUGCGGCAGGCCUUUUCGGUCUUUUGCAGCGCCGCGCCCGACUACGAGACGCUGCUGCGGCUGAUUGGCCCCGGGCUGGGCGACGUGGAGCGCGAGGCGGUGGUGCUCGGGGAUAUCUACCACUUUGUGCGCGAGGCGACCCCCUUCCUCGCCCAGCUCGAGCGGCUCUUUUUCGAGCUCCGCCUCGAAGACACCCGAAAGAUCUAAGGCGCCGAGUGGAGGCGGGGCUGCGGCCCUUCGGGGGUGGGGCGGGGCCCUCUCGACGCCGAAUGGGGGCAGAGUGCCGUGGAGCAGUUCGCGAGGCGGUGCGUUUGUUCGUG